AUAAUUCUCAGUGACAGGUGAUCCGUCAGACAGAGAUGAGUUCCCUGCAGGAAGGAGACCUCACUCUGCGGGGGACCAGAGCCCCCAGCCGGCUGCAGGCUGCACGCGGCACCGAGGAGUCAGCACAGGGAGCCGAGAAACCCUUCCAGCAGGUGAUAGAUGUCAGCACAGGAGAUCCCCACAGGGCAGGGAUGAAGCCUGUCUCGUUUGUACGGCAGGUCUUGGCAGCGUGUGUCUACCCCAAGCUCCUGGAUGAAAAAAGCCUUCCCCUGGAUGCCAGGCAGAGGGCAAAUACGCUUCUGGGGAUCUGCAGUGGAAGGAGCGUGGGCUCAUACUGUGCAACAGCCUAUGGCAUACCAUAUGUCUGUAAAAGUGUUACUGAGUUUAUCAUGAGGCGAGACGGUGGAGUGAGUUCAAACCCAGAAGACAUCGUCAUCUCCUCUGGUUCUACGAAGACAUUGUUGAUGGUUCUGCACCUGAUGGCCAAUGGGGAAGGGGAGACUCGCACAGGUGUGUUGACCCCGAUGCCCUGCCCACACACACUGCCCACACUGCUGAACAUGACUGGAUUGACUUUGGUGCCUUACCAGCUGUUGGAGGACCGAGGCUGGGCUGUAGAUCUGGACGAACUGCACCGGGCUCUGAGAACCACUAGGGGACACUGUUCUCCCAGAGCAAUUUACAUCAGCAAUCCAGGAAACCCCACAGGUCAUGUGCAAGACAGGAAAUCAAUAGAGGAAGUUAUUCGUUUUGCUGCAACCAAGGGCCUCGUCCUGUUGGCUGAUGAGAUGUACCAGGACAGUGUGUAUGGACAAGGGAAAGAGUCUCUUUCCUAUAAGAGAGUCCUGUUUGAGAUGGGCAAAGAGUACUCAAAGAAAGUGGAGCUGGUCUCCUUCCACUCAUUAUCCAGCGCCUGCAUGGGAGAGUGUGGUCUAAGGGGAGCGUAUAUGGAGGCAGUUAACCUGGACCCAGCUGUGAUGAAAUAUUUAAGAGAUGCGCAGGCCCCUUCCAGCCCUCCAGUUUUACCACAGCUCGCUCUGGAGGUCAUGGUCAAUCCACCCACCCCCGGAGAUCCUUCCUAUAAAACAUAUUCACAG